AGUAUGUGUGGCAGUGUUGUAUGUGGGAGCGGGAGAAGAGACUCUGCAGUGUCUUGGCAGCUGCAUUAGUGCAUCCACAGUGGCAAUGCCUCCUCGAGCGCUGCGUGCCUCCUCCGCGUCCACUUGACAUUACAUGCCGAUAUGAACUCUCCACGGAACUGACUGGACGAGGAGCGAGCGGACCUUUACGCAGCAGCAGCCAGCUUUGAAGCAAGAUACCAACCGGGUAGACUGCGGCCGGAGCGUUUCGUUCACACCCCGAAAGCCCGUGACGAGAUUUUUUAAUGGAAAAUGGCGAUAGGCAAAAGGUCUUGCAGCCUGGUCUGCUUCAUAUCUAUUCAGAUGAUCUUUCUUCUAAGCAACGCGCCGUGGCCCGGAGCAGAGGGGCUUCUGUUCCCCCAACAUUACACGGUAAUGCACUGGGCCAGACGCAUAGAGCAGGAGAUAGACCGGGUUUUUCAGCAGAUCACUGGAGCACAGCAGCUCAAAGGGAUUUAUAAUGAGGAAAGGCGGCGGUUCAGUGUGAUCAAGAAUCAACCCAGAAGAAUCGUGGAAAAGGUGGCGUUAGAUAUCGAAAGACUCCUGGCUAAAAAACGCAAAGCCCUGGAUAGGUUAGCCAGUGAAGCGGAGCGGUUACAGCGGGAGCAUCUGUGGAAGGACAGCAUCAAGGAGCUGGACAUGGCAUACUAUGACUCCAAGGCAGAGCUGGAUUAUUAUUCCAUGGAUGGAGAAGGAGAAGUGGAGAACCCCUCCCACAUCAAGCUGGAGUUUGUUUACGACCCAAAUUUCAAAAACAAUGUCAACUACUCCUACACAGCUGUCCAGAUCCCAACAGAUAUAUACAAAGGAGCGCCAGUGAUUUUGAAUGAAUUGAACUGGACUCAGGCUCUGGAGAAAGUCUUUAUGGAGAACAGCAGAGAGGAUCCAUCUUUACUGUGGCAGGCUUUUGGAAGUGCUACCGGAGUCACGCGAUACUAUCCAGCAACCCCAUGGAAAGCUCCUGAUAAGAUUGACUUGUAUGAUGUGAGGCGGAGACCUUGGUACAUCCAAGGUGCCUCAUCUCCCAAAGACAUGGUUAUACUUGUUGAUGUGAGUGGCAGUGUCAGUGGACUCACUCUGAAGUUGAUCAAAGCCUCUGUCAUGGAGAUGCUGGAUACUUUGUCAGAUGAUGAUUAUGUCAAUGUGGCUAGGUUUAAUGAGAAAGCUGAAGCUGUGGUCCCCUGUUUCAAACACCUUGUUCAGGCAAAUGUUCGUAACAAAAAGAUAUUCAAAGAAGCAGUCCAACAGAUGCAAGCUAAAGGCACGACUGACUACAAAUCCGGGUUUCACUUUGCUUUCAACCAGCUGUUAAAUAAAACAAAUGUCCCUCGGGCAAAUUGCAAUAAGAUAAUCAUGCUGUUCACUGAUGGGGGAGAAGACAGGGCGCAGGACGUGUUUAUGCAAUACAACUGGCCCAACAAAACGGUUCGAGUAUUCACCUUUUCUGUCGGUCAACACAACUACGACGUCACACCAUUGCAGUGGAUUGCUUGUACUAAUAAAGGUUACUAUUUUGAGAUCCGUUCCAUCUGUGCCAUCAGGAUUAACACCCAGGAGUACCUCGAUGUGCUGGGGCGCCCCAUGGUGCUCGCGGGCAGUGAUGCAAAACAGGUUCAGUGGACCAACGUCUAUCAGGACGCUCUGGGUCUUGGUUUGGUAGUGACUGGAACAUUACCGGUAUUCAACCUGACUAUGGAUGGAAACUCACAGAACCAGCUGAUCUUAGGCGUGAUGGGUGUUGAUGUGCAUCUGGAUGAGAUUAAGCGUCUGACACCGCGAUAUAAUCUGGGAGCAAAUGGCUACAUAUUUGCUAUUGAUCCAAAUGGGUAUCUCCUGCUCCACCCCAAUCUCCAACCCAAGCUUGUGAACCUACCUGAGCCUGUUACUUUGGACUUCCUGGAUGCUGAAGUAGAGGAUAGCAACAAAGAGGAGAUUCGGAGACAAAUGAUUGAUGGACAUCCAGGUGAAAUGCAAAUCAAAACACUUCUAAAGUCAAUUGAUGAGCAAUACAUUGAUGAUGUGUACAGGGGCUAUACCUGGGCUCCAAUUAAUGGGACAGAUUACAGUUUGGGCUUGGUAUUACCGCCUUACAAUGAAUAUUACAUCCAAGCCGACCUCAGUGAUGUGAUGCUGCAGCUUCAAUACAUGCAGUCGCUGCUUCCCAGUUCGUAUGAGUCUUCGGGACACGUGUUCUUGGCCCCGAGGGAAUACUGCAAACGUCUGCAUCUUUCUGAUAACAAUACACAGUUUCUGCAGAACUUUCUCUCUCUCAUCAUCGAUAUCUCUCCUGAGUCAGAUGAGUGCGACCAAGACCUAAUCCAUAAUCUGAUCCUUGACUCCCGGAUCAUUGGGCAACUGGCUUCACGAGUGUGGAAAAACAAAGACCUCACCUCGUAUGGAUUCCUAGCAGUAUUUGCAUCCACAGAUGGAGGAAUAACUCGGGUGUUUCCCAAUAUUGCUGCCGACAUGUGGGAAGAGGAUCCGGAGCCGUUCAAUUCAAAUUUCUACAGAAGAAGUCUCGACAACAAAGGCUACAUGUUCAGAGCCCCGCAGAGAUCCUCUUUAGACGACAUAAUCGGUGGAGAAAAUGGCACUGUUGGUAUCCUGGUUAGCUCGGCCGUUGAGGUUAAUUUGGGAGGGAAAAUUCUCAAGCCUGCAGUGGUGGGAGUGAAAUUGGACCUGGAAGCCUGGGUGGAUAAGUUCAAGAUCUUAGCCAGUAAUGUGUCUGAUGGACGGCAAGGUUCACACAAGUGUGGACCAUCCAGGAUCUGUGAAAUGGACUGUGAAGCCAACACAGAUGAUCUCCUCUGUUAUCUCAUUGAUGAUGGUGGCUUUCUGGUCAUGUCAAAUCAGAGAGACCACUGGAAAAAGAUGGGGCUUUUCUUUGGAGACGUGGACCCUUAUUUGAUGUAUGCUCUGUUCAACAACUCCAUCUACUUUCGGAGGCAGUCGUUUCAGUAUCAGUCUGCCUGUGAGCCUAUCAGCAGCAGUCACACGGGGGCAGCACCGAGGAGAUUUUUUGUGCCGUCCAUAGCUGACCUCCUGAGCUUGGCCUGGUGGACCUCCACAGUGGCAUGGUCUGUGAUACAGCAGCUCCUAUAUGGACUGGCAUACAACAGCUGGCUUUAUCAAGAUGACUUGCUGGUGGAUGGUUUUGAGGCAAAGACAAGCAGCUGUGUGACCAUCCAGAGUCAGUUCUACUUCACCAACACAACCAACAUGUACAACGUGCUGCAGGACUGUGGCAACUGCUCCCGGUUGAUCCAUGCGAAGAGAAUAGAAAACACCAACCUAUUGUUCGUAGUGGCGGAGACUCUGCCGUGUACGUCAUGUGAGAUCGAGAGGUUAACCCAGGUCCGCACCGAGUUUCGGGAGGAAAAUCCAUGUGAAGUCCUAAGCAACGCACGAUAUCGGAAAGGCCCCACAUCCUGCUUUGACUACAGUGCCUUAGAAAACACAUCUGAGUGUGGAAGGGGCCAUUUUCUGAGACCCUCUGUUGGACUGCUGGCUCCACUCACUCUGCCUCUCCUCUAUCUCAGACUAUAACCAACCUGUCAUUCUACACAAGGCUCAGAUCUACUCAUCAACUCAAAGGAAUUUUUAACAUUUUUGAAAAAGCUCAGUUGUGUUUUAAUAGUAAAUUUGCCUUAUUGCUUUUGUAUUGGCCUGGAGUGAGUGUUGAAGCAUGAACUUCUAUUGAAGGUAUCAUUUAAUGAAGCUUUGAUGCAUUGAGAGGUAAUUUUUUUGCCUAUAGAUUUUACUGGACGUGACAGCUGUACACAAUGAAAUGGGGUAAGGAGUGGGCAUAAACUUCAAAGUGCCCAAAAUAUGUAUUGCAGCCCAAAACUCUAGGCCUGUGGUUCCCUACCAUUUUCUCAAUGGCUCCCAUUCACCAGUAGAUAUUACAUAAUAAUAAUAAUAAUAAUAAUAAUAAUAAUAAUAAUAAUAAUAAUAAUAAUAAUGGAUUAUAAAUAAUCACCAUUAAAUUAAAAACUCAAUUAUCAUUAAAUGUCAUUAUUUCCUUAAAAUUCAAGCUAUCUAGUAUGGACUCCUAAGUUGGGAAUCACAGCUCUUGGGUAUUGUGCAGCACAGAUUAGAUCUUUUUGAAAUGGAUGAGCACAAUGCUUGGUACCAGAGGUGUGGAAAAGUCACUAAAUUUGUUUGCAUGUUUUUCAAAAUGCUGCUUUUUAACUUUUGUUGAAUUAUUUGCAUUCCUUUUUAUUUUUACAUCUGCUUUCUCCCCUUGAAGCUUUGCACCACAGUAGAUCUGGGCCUUAACAUUUUCCUCAGUGUCCUUUCAUCUGCGUGUGACCUUUGCCAGUGCUGUGAAGUCUGUUUGACACAACACAACCCUGAUUCUAUCAAAUGUAGGCUUCCUCUAACAGUGAUCCCAAUUAAACAAAUGUUCCCAGAGCACUUUGAUGAAAAAUCAUGGUUUAAAAUGCCAAUAUUUGACCUUAAGCAAGAUUCGUGAGACAUAUCAGUGUCAAAACCUAGUUUUGUUAGUUUUAGAGAAAUUACUCUUUUAAAUUUGAAAAAUGCUUCCAUAGAGACUUGCUUUGGUCUUCCGCAUUUCCAAUGUUAUUAAAUAUUUAGUUGCAUAUGAGGCUUUACGCAACAAGUCAGUGUGUUUGUGAAAUACAGCUAUUUUUGAGUAAUAACAAUAAUUGAUUGUAAUUGUAGAAGUAUUCUAACAUCUGCAAAGGCCAAGUCAGUGUAAGGCCAAAUUAGAGUAGGUUUGCAAAGACAGAAAACAACUAGAUGUUUGUUUUUUCACUGAAUCUUAAAUUUAUUUUCAAGAACAAUGAGCAUUAACAUUGUUUUCUCUCUCUGCAGUAAAACUUCUAUUACUCCUAUUCUGUAUGUAAUAUACUUUGUCACUGGAAAGCCCUCUGUCCUUGUUUGUAUCAGCCCUAUUUGAAUAAUGCACAUAAUAUGUAUGCCUGUGUAUGAGGAAUGUAGCUUCUGGACAGCUUCAGUGUUACCAAUGCAUUUGUUACUAAUAUGUGAUUCUAUGACGUCUGUGGACACAACUGUCUAUUUGAACCUGUUGAAUCACUGUGGGGGGUGUGUUACCUUUCUAAUGCAUAUCUCUCCUAUAAAGAAAUGCAUAAAAACAUUCCAGAGAAUACACAAUAAUCUCUAAGAAUGCAGCACAUAUUCUAAUUGUUAACAAUAUUAAAUAAGACAUAUUAUGAAAAAUGUACUUUUAUGAGCUUCUUAACCUUGUGGCUUUCUUCUUCUUUUCUUUUCUCAGAGAUGUAUUUAGGCCUUUAUUUACUUGAGAUGACUAAGAAAAUAGGAUUCAAAUAUGUUGCAUAGCCAUUUUUCAAAACUAAAAAAAUAGCUGCUUACUAUGCUUACUACAGUAAAAUGGCAGCAAUAAAGCGGGGCCUCUCAUUUCUGUAGUAUUGA